AUGUCUCUCCUCAGGAGGCUCCUCCUUUUGCCUUCACGCAAUAUUGAUCUUUCUUCUCUCUUGCCCGUCCCCCGCCCGUGUCAAUACUAUUGUUCUUCCCCUCGCCCUUCCCCCACUCCCCCACUUCCGCUGCCAGAUCCGCCCGCUAUAGGCACAGUGGCGUACGCCACCGUUCUGCACACCUCCGAGUUCUACGUGUGCGGCGCGAUCGUGCUGGGGCACAGCAUUCGGCGCAGCGGCAGCCGGCACGACAUGGUGGCGCUGGUGUCGCGUGAAAUCAGUAACCGCAGCCGCGACGCGCUCGGGGAGGCUGGGUGGAUCGUCAAGGAGAUUGAGCGGAUCCGAAACCCGUUCGCGCAGGAGAAAACUUAUAACGAGUGGAACUACAGCAAGCUACAGCUGUGGCAGGAAGCUGCGGCUGUGACAGCUGACGGAGUGCUCCCCUUGUCCCCCUCACCCCGCCUCUUUUUUUUCUCUCUUUCUUCUCCCCUCCCCCCACCACGUUCCGUUUCCUGCUGCCAGGAAGCUGCAGCCAUGACAGCUGACGGAGUGCUCCCCUUGCCCCACUCCCCCACCUCUCCUCUCGUUCCUCCCUUCCCACCAUCCCCCCAAUGGCAGCAAGCUGCGGCUGUGGCAGCUGACAGAGUAGUCAUUGGUGGUGUUCGCGGACGCCGAUCUGCGACCAUCUCUGCGACCAUCUCUGCGACAAUCUCAAGGGUGCUGUUCGCGGACGUGGAUCUGCUGGUGCUGGUGCUGUGCAAUCUGCCGCCGUGGCCACUGACAGAGUACCAACACCUCUCCGUCUCUCCUUUCUCCUUUCUCUCCCCCUUGUCCCUCCCCUAUGCUUCCAGCAACCUGCGGCUGUGGCAGCUUGUGGAGUACUCAUCGGUGGUGUUUGUGGAUGCAGAUCUGCUGGUGCUCAAGCUGCGCUUGUGGCAGCUGACAGAGUACUCAGCGGUGGUAUUCGUGGACGCGGAUCUGCUGGUGCUGCGCAAUCUCGACCACCUCUUCGCCUUCCCCGACGUGGCGGCGCGAGGCAACGACCAGACGGACUUCAACUCGGGCCUCAUGCUGCUGCGCCCCUCCCACUGCACCUUCCGCGAGCUCCUCGCCAACGUGCACACCAUCCGCUCGCCCAACGGGGGCGAUCAGGGCUACCUGAACAACUACUUCACGUGGUGGAACCGCCUGCCCGACUCAGUCAACAUUCUGAAGCACGUGUGGGCCACAGAGGAGCUCUUUAGAUCCCGCGAGCUGGAAGGCUACCUGAACAACUACUUCACGUGGUGGCACUGCCUGCCUGACUUGGUCAACAUUCUCAAACACGUGCGGGCAACCGAAGAACCCUGCAGAUCUCGCGAGCUGGAAAUGAAGAGCCGGUGGUUCUCAGAGGAGCCGGCAGAGAUCCACACCAUUCACUACCCCUCACCUGUUCACCCAUCCCACCCAUUCCGGUUCUCCCCAUUCCUCCCCCGCUUCCCAUCUUCCCAGGGCUACCUGAACAAUUACUUCACGUGGUGGCACCGCCUGCCUGACUCGGUCAACAUUCUCAAACACGUGUGGGCAACCGAAGAACCCCGCAGAUCUCUCGAGCUGGAAAUGAAGAACCGGUGGUUCUCAGAGGAGCCAGCUGAGAUCCACACCAUCCACUACCUCGGCCGCAAGCCCUGGCAGUGCUACCGCGACUUUGACUGCACAUGGCUGUACCCAUAUGACCAUGCUUAUGCUAAUGAAGCAGCGCAUCAAAGGUGGUGGAAGAUGCAUGAUGAGAUGGCAGAGGGCCUGCAGGAGCACUGCUGGUUGCGGAACAUUCACAAGGCGGAGAUUGAGUUCCGCAUGAGGAAGCUUAAAGCCCAGAACGCGCCGGCGGCGUUUUGGGAUUUCGAGGUGAAGGAUCCGAGGCGGGAGGCGUGCAUGCCCGGGCAGAUCUCGUGUGAUUGGAUGGACUAUUUGAACCACUGGAAGGAUGGAGACGCGUGA